UUAAAAAUACUGGAACUUAAAGAUAUCUACACAUGCAACAAUAGUUAUUUCUGAGGUAUGCACACUUCAGACAUCUAGGUGUCCAGUACAUCAUUUAUAUAACAUCGAUAACGAUGCAUUCGAAGACGACGAGUUCAAAAUCUUUUGGUCCCAUAUGGGGACAUGCCAGCGAGCCGUGGGAAGAACGCAUCGUCACGUUGUUCAUCGGAUCUGCAGAUAAUGAUCUUACGUGGCUCCAGGUCAAUUUGAUAAUUUAAAAAACAGCAAAAUAAAGUUACAUUUGCUGACCUGCAACUUGUGUCAAAGUGUGAUCUAUCAUCAAGAACCGCUGUAUAAACAACCGCAUCUGCGGUGUCCAGAAAGAACCAUCGCCAUAUUUAUUACCCAGGGUUCUUGGGGUGACGUUUGACCUCGUACUAGCAGACGACAAAGAAUAAUGGAAGGUUCCAAAAAGGGGAGAAGAGUCUGGAGUCGUGAAAAAAUCGAAGAAGUACUACAAGAUAUCACUGAAAACAAUCUGACACAGAGCAGUGCUUCAAGGAAGUACGGGAUACCUCAGACGACAAUCAGUGAUAAGGUAUUGGGAAUAAGCUCACUGGACGCAACGCCUGGAAGACCCCCAAGUCUUUCGAAAGAAGAGGAGGACAGCCUCGUUUACUACAUCAAGUAUCGGACAGAACGAGGCUUUCCCAUCACGAAGAAAACCAUCCUGGCCCUGGCUCAAGCCGUUCAUGUGCGGUAUUGCGAGGAGAAUGACGCCGCGCCAAAGAUAAGCCUAGAAAGUGGACUCUCUCAAAAGUGGUGGAAAGGGUUCAAGGGGCGGCAUGACCUGACCAUCCGCAAGCCUGACCCGCUAGACAGAGGCAGAAGGGACGCCAUUGACAGGGAAGUCGUGAAGGAUUUCUUCACCCUUCUGUCUGAAACCAUGGCCAAGAACGGCUUAGAUGGGCAGCCGCAUCGAGUAUACAACGCGGAUGAAACCGGAUUUGAGUUGGACCCACAACGAAAGAAAGUCGUCUCGUUUGCCAAAAUGAAUGCUCCAGCAACGUCCGUGAGGAAGGGGACGAGGGAUCAUAUCACCUCUAUGGAGUGUGUGGCCGCAAACGGCACAGCAUUACCACCAAUGAUCAUAUUUUCUAAGAGCUACCCGAGCACCGCGUAUAGCCUUGACGGUCCGGACAAUGCCGUGUACGCCACAACUCCCUCUGGUUUUAUCGAGGCAGACAUCUUCCUCUCUUGGCUCGAUAAGUGCUUUAACCGCUUCUCUUCUCCAGAGCGACCUGUGCUAUUGCUUCUGGACCAACACAGCACUCACGUGACGACUGAGGCGAUAGACUUUGCGAUCAAAAACGACAUAAUCCUGAUGGGCUUGCCACCACACAGCAGCCACUUCCUGCAACCGCUGGACGCACAAGGCGGGCCAUUCAACAGGAUGAAAGACGUCUAUGAAGAUGUAGUUAACGACGUUACACUUGUCAGGCCUAACUACUUUGUAACAAAGUCGUCUUUCUCAAAGAUAUAUAAGAUUGUCCGAGAGAAAACGUUGAGUAUGGAGGUGAUCAAGACCGGCUUCAGGAAGACGGGUGUGUAUCCUGUGGAUGAAGAUGCAGUAAACGAAAGGUGGCUGGUGUUGAAUGAAGUACCCACAGAACAACAAGACGGCUGCGAAGCAGAGAGACAGCUUCUGCAGGAGGAAGUGGAAAUGUUGGAUCUUGCAGAGAUAGCAUCUCAGGCAAAAGAAGAUGAAGAAGCGAUCGGUCACGAGGCAGCAGAAAAACAGCUGCUGCCAGAAGAACUGGAAAUGCUAGCGCUUGCCGACGAAAUGUCACAGUCGACCAACAGAAAUCCAGUCAAGAGUACACGUCGGGCAGCAAACGACUCCACUCUUCGUAGGUCAACUUGCCGUGCCUGCGGGGCCAGACUGGAUUUGGGGUCAGCGAACCCUUUUGUUCAGGCUGGGGUAGUAGCGCCAUAUGUGUCAGACCUACUGACCCCCAUACCAGAGGCACACACACGACGGGCAAGACGCAUCAAACCGAAAGCCCUAGUGUUUGAUGAAGAAUAUGUCGCUACCCUAAAAAGAGAGGCAGAUGAGAAGGAAGAGCGAAAGCGCAAAGAGAAGUUGAGGAAGAAAAAGGAGAGAGAGGAGAAGAAGAAGAAGAAAAUGGAAGAGUUGGCAAACAUGAGAAAAGAGAAGUUGGAGAUUAGACAGAAACUGAGAGAAGAGAAGCAGAAAAAGAAGAUGGAAGAGCUGGAGAACAAGCGUCAAGAGAGAUUGCAGAUCAGACAGAAAAGGAGAGAAGAGGCACUGAAAAAGAAGAAGAAGGCGGGUACGGGGAAGAAAACAUCUUCACAGGGCCGAGUUGAGAGUGGACUCACAGACAUGACCCCAGUUGGCAGCGGACAACAGACUCCGACCUGCAGUGGACAGCGAACUCCGACCUGCAGUGGACAGCGGACUCCGACCUGUAGUGGACAGGAGACUCCAGUCGGCAGUGGACAGCAGACUUCGAACUGCAGUGGACACCAGACUCCGGUCGCCAGUGUCAGUGGGCUUCAGACGCCGGGAGACGAUGGGCAUGGUGGCAACAAGAACAGACCACGUCGUAAAGCACUGGUGCCGUACUGGAUGACUGACUUUACCACGGAAUCUUGGGAAGAUGACUGAACGCAGAGGUACCCGGCGUGUAGUGCCACAGCUGCAGCCUUGUCGUCAGUCUCAACGAGUUUGAGAGCAAUCGUCGUGUGCAUUGUUACGAAGUGAAGUCGAUGUGUAUAAUGUAUAA